CACAAAAGUAGUUAUUGGACUCUUUUAAUUUGUCUAACUGAAGUUUUCCAUUUUAGUUUCUUAGGAAAAUAUUAAUGUACACGAGUCAAUUAAGAUCAAGUUGUGUGUACAGGUUCAAAAUUAGUUCACUAACAGGAUAGUCUUGAUGGGUACAUCUUGGGUUUGUGUCAGGGGGGAGUUAUUCACUUUUGGAGCUCAAAAAUGUGACUUUUUCAUUUGGUUCUGUUAUACUGUUCACUGAGACAAAUCAGUGACACAAACGAAUGCAUGCUGUUUGCCUGGAUCCGUUAGAUGCGCCGCUUACUACUUUUUCUUCAUUAAAUUAAAAAUGUGAUGAUAAGGUCAUUAAAUUGCACUAACCGCUGCCAGUAUUUGAGUUUCCAUGGUAGUGAAACUUGAUGACAUUCGGCAUAAUAAAAAGUCUCAGAUUAAAUGGAGCUGAUGACAGAGAAAUUCCAUUAACGAUGGAGAACUUCAAAUGGGUGAUCGUGUCAUAAAAUUUGAUGUUUUGCAAAAGAUUUACGGAGGAACAUUUCGACAAGAUGCAGUUCUUAAUGCAAAUAUCAUUAUUAAGCUGAUAGAAGUCUCUGCUCACCAUUGCCGCUGUAAAAAGAAUCUGUUGCUUGUUUCGAUGACACCAGUGGUCUGCCUUUUCACUAAAUUGAGUAUCAAUAAAGCAAAGCUAUUUCCAUAAUUUGUAAGUCGGGUUGGAUGAAGUCUAACAGCUUAAUACAUUCGGUUGAUAUGCAAUCAUAUUCUGCUUCAUAGUGAAUGUUUCUCAGGAUGGAGGCUUCGGCGUUGAUGUUGUUGUAUGCCAAGCGAGUUUUGUUCUAUCU